UUGAAAUUUUGAUGUUGAUCUGAAAUCUACAACUAUAAGCAGUCCCCAAUUCCCAUUUUCUCUGGUUUCUCACCCACAUUAUUUUCAAGUUCUGGCUGAAACAAGCCGUUUAUCCUAAACUCUAUAACCCUUUCACAUCCAAUGUCUCUCCUACACUCCACUACACCAAAUCUUCAAGUAUUACUUCAUUCUCAUCCACCAAUUUCAAGCCAAUCAAAUCAUUAUUCUACAUUCCUAAGUGCCAAACAUCAAAUUUAUACCCAGUUUCCGUAUAAGCUAUACUCACAUGUUACUACAGCCAGAACCAGGAAUUUGCGAAGUACAGUUAAAAUUAGCAAAUUUGACACCGAUGAUGGCGAUGAUUACGAGGAUGAGGAUGAAAGUGGGUUUUUGAGAGGCAAAGGAUUUAUAGAUAGAGAAGAGAAAGAGAAGGAUUAUGAUAGAGACCCUGAAUUUGCCGAGAUUCUUGGGAGUUGUCUUGAUGACCCUGAUAAAGCUAAGUCCAAAAUGGAAGAGAGAUUGAGAAGGAAAAGGAACAAGAUAUUGCAUACUAAAACUGGUUCAACGACACCCGUGAAAGUGACGUUCAAUAAAUUUGAUUUCUCAAAUUCAUACAUAUGGUUUGAGUUCUAUAAUGCCCCUCUGGAGAAAGAUGUCUCUUUGUUAUGUGAUACAAUUCGAUCGUGGCACAUUGUUGGACGUCUCGGUGGAUGCAAUUCUAUGAAUAUGCAAUUGUCACAAUGCCCACUGGACCAAAGACCGACCUAUGAUGCUAUUCGGGGAGCAAAUGUUAACCCGACUUCAUUUUAUAACAUAGGGGACCUCGAGUUUCAAGAUAACUUAGCCAGAAUAUGGGUGGAUAUCGGCACUAGUGAACCAUUGCUCUUGGAUAUUUUGAUCAAUGCAUUGACACAGAUAAGCUCCGACUGUAUUGGAAUCAAACAAGUGGUGUUUGGUGGAUCUGAAUUCGAGAGCUGGAGGGAGAGCUUAAAAUCAGAAGAUGCGGGUUACAGCAUUCACAAGAUUUAGGAUCUUAGUGGUUUUUUGUUUGCAAUGUAACCGUAAACACCGUGUUUUAAUAGAAGUAACAAGGUUGUUUCCAUGGUCGGAAAUAUUAUUCUGCUAGUUAUAGAAAAGUAUGUAACAUAAUCAUUGGAGUGCGUUGUGUCUAUAUGAUGCACCAAAAUAACGAAAGAUUAGGCAUUUCAAAGAUCUGUUAAUUUUGCAAAUACCUGAUGUUUGGGCUGUCAAUUCUUAAUAAAGAUUAUUGAAAAUUAUUCGA